AUGACUGCCAAAGUAUUUGCUUAUCCCGAUUCUGUAGAUGUUGCCAAUGCCGUGGGCGAAUAUAUCGUCAACAAUCAAGACAAUGCCAUUAAAGCGCACGGUUCCUUUCAUAUAGCUAUAUCUGGUGGCUCUUUAGGAAAAGUGUUGAAAAAAGCGUUGAUUGAUAAUAAAGAGAUUGGCCAGCGUAUACAAUGGGACAAGUGGGAUGUAUACUUUAGUGAUGAGAGGUUAGUUCCGCUUGACCAUGAAGACUCUAAUUAUGGUCUUUUCAAUGAAAUGGUUUUGAAAAACUUGAAAUCAAGCUCUUCCAAGCCCAAUGUACACGUUAUUGAUGAAUCUUUGUUAACAGGGAAGGAUGGGAAAGUUGAAGAUGCUGAUGUAGAGAAGGAUAAGGAGAUUGCUAGAAAAUACGCUGCUAGUUUACCCAGUAAGAUUGAUGUUAUAUUGUUGGGUUGUGGACCUGAUGGCCACACUUGUUCUUUAUUUCCCAACCACCACCUACUUAAAGAGAGAACUGAAAGAGUAUCAUAUAUAAACGAUUCCCCUAAACCUCCUCCAAGAAGAAUCACUUUUACUUUUCCUCAAUUGGAAAAUGCAACUUCAAUUGCUUUUGUUGCAGAGGGUUCUGGAAAAAAACUCAUUUUAAAGGAAAUAUUUACAGACCCUUCAACGAAAUUACCAGCGAAAUUAGUAAGCGAUAUUAAUACCGGCGUUUCUAUUUACUGGUUUGUGGAUACUUCAGCCGUUGAUGGCGUAGAUGUAUUGACAAGUAAAUAUUAG